AUGAGUCUAAAUUGGGCAGAUGAAACUGAAAAUGAAGAGAGAGAGAAUGAGAUGAAAGCAAUUGUUGAACCAGUUCAACCACAACAACCAACUCAAUCUUCUUUACCUCAAGCAUCAAUUCAACCAGAACCAGUAGUUGAACAACAACAACAACAACCACCACAACAACAACAACCACCACAAACUCAAGAUGAUGAACGUGAUAACUACAACAACAAUAACAACAGAUCAUCAGGUGGUAGAGGAGAUUAUAGCGGUAAUAGUAAUAAUAGUAAUAAUUACUAUAACAAUAACAAUAAUAAUAACCGUCAACAAGGUGGUUAUCAAAAUAACAACAACAACAGAUACAACAAUAACAAUAACCAACAAGGCGGAUACCAAAACAAUAACAACAACAGAUAUAACAAUAACAACCAACAAGGUGGUUACCAAAAUAGAUACAACAACAAUAACAAUAACCAACAAGGUGGUUAUCAAAAUAAUAACAAUAGAAUGCAACAAGGUGGCGGUUACCAAAAUAACAACAACAACAACAACAAUUAUAACAAUAAUAGAAUGCAACAAGGUGGUUAUCAAAAUAAUAACUACAACAAUAAUAACAACAAUAAUAAUAAUAAUAAUCAAUAUACUCAAAAGAAUUCUAUCAACUAUAAGAGAAAUGAAGUUUCAAUCACUGGCUAUGACGAAGCUAAUGCAUCAAAAGAACUCUUCCAAGAGUUUUUACAAUCACAUUUAAUUGAAUACUCUGAUAUCAAUUUCGCACCAAAUGAAACAAUUGUAUCAUUAAAAGAUUCUGAAAAUUAUCUUAAAACAAUGAAAUUAACUGGUACUAAAUUUAAUGAUUCUCAAAUUACUGUUCUUAAUUAUACAAGAAAACAACCAGGCUUUGUUCCACCAAGUUAUUCAAAUCAAUCAUCAUCAUCAUCAGGUGAUAAUCAAUCAUUCCAACCACAAUCAACUUCUAAAGUUAAUCCAUUUGGUAAUGCUACUCCAAUUGAUACUUCUAAAGUUCAUCUUUCAAAUUCUACUCAACCACAACAACCAACUCAACAACAACCACAACCAACCCAACAACAACAGCAACAACAACAACCAACUCAACAAGGUCAACAAGGUCAACAACAACCACAACAACAAAAUGAUAAUAAAUACAGACCAAACUCAAUGAGAACUAAUAGUGGAUUCAAACAAAAUGACAAUAAAUUUGAUAACAACAACAAAUUUGAUAACAAGAAACCAUUUGGACAAAAUAAAUACAACAACAAGAGAGAAGAAGAUGGUUGGAAAUCAACUGGUCCAGCAAGACAUCCAAAAGAUCAACCAUCAAAAGAAGUAUCACAACCAACUGUUGCCAAGACUUCUGGAAAUAUUUUCGAAUGUUUAGAACAAGACGAUUAA